GGCCAGGAGGUAAAAGAUCCAAAGUCUAACGUUAAAGGAUGUUCUGAUCUCCUGGUGCCCUGUCCGUGGGUUGAGGUCGAUCGGGGGAGCAGAGCAUGGCCGGAAGCCCCGAGGGGAAGUCCCAGGGCCAGCCAAUGUCCUCGGUCCCCGCCCUGACAGCAGAAGAAGCCUCUGGAGCCCCUGAAGUAAUUCCCAGGCCGGAAGUAGGGGAGCUCCCGCCAUGGCAGGCCCAGGGUCUCACCCAGCCUGGCCAGAUGAGCCCGCCCGGCUUCCCGCUGCCCGCCUGGUACCAGCAGCAGACCAGGAAGAGAAACAGCCUUCUCAAGCUGCUGGGCGCCUUCCACAUUGUCCUUGCUCUGCUGCACUUGCUCUUCGGGAGCUGCCUGGUCUCCACGGUCAAGGGUCUUCACCUGGUGGUGCUGAAGUCGUGGUAUCCAUUCUGGGGGGCUGCCUCUUUCCUCAUUUCGGGGAUCUUGGUGAUCAUGGCGGAGCUGUUUCGGAAGACUUACCUGAGGAGGCUUUGCCUGAUAGCACAUGCCGUCAGCUGCUUCUGCGUGCUAGCUGGCCUCUUUGUCAUCGCCAAAGAUCUCUUCCUGGAGGGUCCCUUUGACUUCCCGAUCUGGACACCGUACCCCAGCAGCACACUCCACAUCCAGAGGCUGGCGCUGGCCCUGCUCUGCUUCACGGUCCUGGAGUUCUUCCUGCUGGGCUCCACGGCUGUCUUCGUGUGCCGCCUUAACUGCCGGCCCGCAGAGGAAGACGACUUGAUCCUUGUUCAGGACACACCAGUGAGAAUCAGGAAGUAUUCCAUGGGUCCUCCGCCAUCCUAUGAGGAUGCGACUCGAGGUGGCAUGAUCGGUGUCCAAACCAGUGUCCACACCAGCUCCCUCGAGGAAGUCAAGUGAUGGAGAGCCGCCUUUCCCUCUUCCAGAAUGUAGUGGUCCCAGGACAGUCUGCGGUUUCUGUUAUUUGUGGACUGUGCUCCAUUCCUCUUGUGUUUCCAUAAAUGGAUUCUUUUUCACAAUGUAUCAUUUUGGAGGGGCACGUUGUAUCUGCAAUAAACAGGAAGCCAGUAAGUUUCCAUAAAAAGAA